CUUUGAUGAACUCGUUCAAGCCUCUCGGAUGUGAACCCGAUUAAAAAAUCUCACUCUUCCUCGUUAUCUUAGCUUCGUUAAGUGAUUACUUAGUUAGCAAACGAACGAACCAUUUGUCUUCGUAAGUUUGUUCGUCUUGUCGCGACGACACGAACAACGGAAGACUUAAGACACAACGUUUCUUAACGUCGUCGGUUCUCUGUAUUUCUCGAUAUACAAAGUCGAUAACUUUUGAACGAUUUGUACGUACGUACAGAAGGUAAGAGCGUCGUAGAAAGGAACGCAUUGCAAAAGAGACAGCGAUUCGAAGAUCGUAAGCAAUUAAAAUAUCUCGUUGAGUUUCUUGUUGAGCUCGAACGAGAUCCGACUGGUUCGAACGAGGCGUUAGUCACCGAAGGAACUUUGAGAGAAGCGAAGAUCGUCGGCCGACGAAGGGAUAGAAACGAAAUAGGUUGGCAUGAAACGAGACGAAGCUAGGACGAUAACGGUAAAAGCGGUAAAAGUUUAAGGUUCGAACGAGAACAGGGUGUAGGUAACGAGCCCUUCCGAAGAAGAGGCACUUGGCUCGUCACAGCGGAAAGGGAGCGACUUAAAACGUUUCGCUUGCGUACCGAACUACGCUCUUCUUCUCGCUCGGCACUUGUUAUUAUUUGCCGAGCAGAAAAGAAAGAGAACGAGGAAAAUCAAAUCGGCGUUGUCUCGUUCGCACCGAAGCUGUGCUUUUUCCCUCGGCUUGCCUGGCGAGGAUAUAAGGGAUGAGAGGGAAGGUAGAUGAAAAGUAGGAGAAAGAGGCAAGGGGAGAAGGAGGAAAAGAGAGAAGAGCGGAAACGGGGGUUUUCCCGUUAAUCCGAGUCUAGAGUCGGGUCGGCGUAUAGACGAGCGCGAGAUCUGCCGACGUUUUCAUGGCUCUCGGCCUAUGCCAGCACGCAUUUUCCCUGUUCGUUCAAUUUUCUCACUCGCGUUUCGCUGUGGGCGCGGUUAUUUUCGUCGUCCCUCUCUAUCUAUCCAUAUCGGUGGCUAUCGGUGAAAUUAUCGACGUCUUUCUCUCCCAAGAAUCGACGUAUCGAAGUAUCGAUCGUAAAAGCCCACUGAACUGUUCAUCUGGCCGUGUACUAAUAAGCGUGUAUUACCGUAAAAUAAAAAAAGAAAAACCAGCGAAACGAAGAGAAGGGAAGAGGUAAAGUGAACGAGAGGCAGAGAGUAAUUACGAGAAACAAGGACAAAAAACGACGGCAGAGAGAAGAAGGAUGAUACGAGGACUCGAGAUCGGCAGGCUCGAGUAUCGUGCUUUUACGGUUUUUACUUACGGGGAUAAACGCGAAAUACGGUUUUUAUACGCCGAUACACGGGUCUGCACGGGUUUGUCCGCGUAAAAUUAGCUUUGCGUUUCCACGAAUCUAUCUACGCGUCGCGAACGUCUCGUAAGCGCAUUCGAAAAUCGCGCGCGUUCAACGAUUUUCAAUGCGCCGUCCGGAAAAACACGGUGGCGAUAUCAGCAAAGGGAAAAAGGUAAAUGGCCAAGAUGUAUCGAACUCGAGUCACGAAGACGCGGUGCGUUGCUUUCAAUCGGCCCAAGAACCGAUCAUCGUCGAGGUAUUGCGACGACAGCCAACUCAACAGCAACAACAGCAACAGCAUAGUCAGCGAAUCGGAUGGAAGGAACAGGAGAGUCGAAGCACAGAACCGGAGAAAGAAUGGGAGAGAAUGGCCGAAGGUGGCAACAAACGCGAUCAACACGCGAUUAACAUCUGUUCGAAUCUGGUGUCGACCGCGGUGCAGACCGACUGGGCUGGACUUCUCGAGACCGAGGAGGAAGAACUGCUGCCGGUCGUCGACGAGCAGCCAAACGAUAGCUUCGAGGACUUUCUCGCGCACGACAUCGAUUUCGAGGAGGUGACGUUGCGGAAGGCGGGCAGCGCCGAGAAGCUAGGACUCACGGUGUGUUACAGUUCCGGAUCCGGCAGCGAAGACGCCGACACCGAGGUCUACAUCUCGGAAAUAGUUCCUGAAAGUCUGGCAGCGCGCGAUGGCCGAUUGCGAGAAGGCGACCAAAUCUUGAGGGUGAACGGAAAGGACGUGGCGAACAAAGAACAAACGGAGAACCUGUUCGCCGAAACGAAAAACGCCGUGACCAUUCUCGUCAGUCGAUGUCUUUAUCAGGAGGACGAUUACAAGGAGAGGCGCGUGUACUCUCGGGGCUCGCCGCUGCUUUCGCCGGACCAUCUACCUUCCUACCAGAACAGCCUGAUCGAGCAGUUGAUUCGGCAGCAGCAACAGCAGACGGAGGAACGGACCAAAGACACGGAAGAGGACGGUUCGACGUUGAGGCCGCCGCCGCCACCGCCUCCACCGGUGCCCUGUCACACGCUUGGACACCAAGCAAACAACAACACCCCUUCCUCGAGCUGUUCUUCCCAAACGUCGCAAAAAUCUUCCGGUAGAAACGCUGCGUCGCCUGCGCGACACGCGGAUCACGAUCGCAAACAGUGGAUGCAGGAGACGUUGAAGGAUUGCUCGAAGAAGAUGGAGGGUCUCUGUGUGCGCGGUCAAUCGCAAACAGGUUGCGGAGGCGGAGGCGGAGGAGGAGGAGGAGGAAUGAUCGCGGUUAGGUUGGCAGACGCUUACUCGAAUCACGUGUGGAGCGAAACAGAACACAUCUACGAGACUAUACCGGAGUCUGACAGCGAACCGAUCUACUCGUCGCCGUAUGAACAUCACAGACGUUGGCAUCAUGCGAAUCAUACUCCUAGCGUCGUCGCUACUGCACAACCAACCAUCACCACCGUCCCUCCGCCACCGACGACCAUCGUUUCUACCAUCGCGAUCGCCAUCACGACUACUGCAAAUACCACCACGUCGAACGCGCUGAUUCAAUACUCGCAGAACCAAGCGAAUCAGAGUGGAAGAUGGUACUGUUCGUCGAAGAGCAACAGCUCGGGCGAGGAGAAGGAUAGCUCGAGCGCGUACAACACUGGAGAAUCCUGCAACAGCAAUCCGCUCACGUUAGAAUUGCAACGCGGUGAAAGGGAUCAUCACAAGAGUACGCUGGUGCUUUGCCCCCCGAAAGCGUUGGCUGUACAGCAACAACAGCAGCAGCAACAACAGAGGCUCGGUUGCACGUGCCCCGCGUUCACCAACAGACAUACAAAGAACCAGUCGAACAAAAGAGGCUCGAGUUCUCAUUAUUACAGAGAUCGUGCGACGGAUCCAACCAACUUGCCCGCGGAUACUAUGUACACGAACAUUGCUAACCUUCAGCAAACGAUGCUUCUGCAGCAGCAGCUGUUCAAGCAGGCUCUCGACCGUAGAAACUCGACCAUCGGUGGAUCUAGAGAGAGCAGCAGCGUUACCGCGGUCGCUGCCGGUGGCACUGCGAAAAAGUCCAGGUCUCAUGGUAAUUUUCAAGCACCGAACUUGACUCGGUACCAGUUUGUCGGCAGUCAACAGGUGUGCGCGUCCAGUUCCUGGAUACCACCGGAGGACAAAGCGAACGACGUGCAGAUGGAGUGGAAAGUGAAGAGGAGGGCGGACGGAACCAGGUACAUCGCUCGGAGGCCAGUCAGGAAUCGCAUUCUGAGAAAUAGGGCGAUCAAAAUAUCGGAAGAGCGAGCCGGUCACAGCACGGAAGACGACACCAUGUCGGAAGUGAAGGUUGGCAGAUACUGGACCAAGGAAGAACGUAAGAGACAGCUGGAACGUGCUCGCGAACGCAAACAGAGACAACAAGAACUUCAGCUGCAGCAACAGCAACAGCAACAACUUCAGCAACAGCAGCAACAACAGCAACAACAGCUUCAAAUGCAGCAGACCAACGAAUUGUUAACGUGCGAGCAUGGCGAGCACGAGAAGCUUCCGAAGAAACCGUUGAAUAUCGUAGAACUGAGUCACAAAAAAAUGGCUCGUAAAAAGAACACCCUGGACGAUUUCACUACCGUUCAGGAGAUGUUGGUUCAUGGAAACAGAAUCGGUAGCGCGGGAGGUCCCGGUACCGGUGGCAAACUGAUGGGUCUUCUUUCGGUAACGACCGUUUGAACCGUAUGACCCGCGAUAUUCAAGGAAACGACGAAAAGCAAUUUUUUCCUUGUUCCUGCGUGCUUCCUUUUGGCGCGUUAUAUUUGUCUUGCCACGGAUGAUCUCGUCACUGUUCGAUCGUUUUUCAGGUUCCGUAAUUAUAAUCAAACUUUUGUAAUUACAUAUUUGAUCCACGCGUUAUCCUAUCCCCGCUCCACGAGUUUCCAUUGCUCUUUCUUUGCGCGUCGAUCUCGUCGUUUCAUUUUCGUGUUAUAGGGCUACGAAAACCAUGACCGAGCUUUAUCUCGUUUUCAAUUCGCAGCAACUGAAGCAAGUCGUGUAAUGCUCGUGUCGUCGAAGUAGCGUAAAUACGAACAAGGUUGUACAUAUUUUUCGUAUAACGAUAUAAUAAAUGUAUGUAGAUUAUUUUACACGAGCUGAAACUUUUCCAGACAAAGAAAAUAGAACGAGUACGCUUUUGUAGAUAUGUACAAUAAACGUAACGAUGGUAUGAAUAAAUCGCGGGUGAAAAUCGUGAAUCAUGGCCCUGCGACCUACUGUGAGAGAAGGAUAAAAGGAAAAGAAUGUUUGCAUCGCUUCGUGCCAUCU